GUUCUAUGUGAGUUUAAAAUCAAACCAACCUUCCUGACGGCGUCGCAGGAAGUUGAAACGGAAACAUUUGUUUAUAGACAUGGCUCCCAGGAAUGUUGCUGUUGUCCGAGGAAAGAAGAGGAUGCUUUCUAUGGAAACGAAGCUGGAGAUAAUAAAGAAGUAUGAGGAUGGCAUACGAUUGAGUGUUAUCGCGAGGAAGUACGGCCGAAAUACGUCUACGAUAAGCACUAUUGUGAAAAUGAAGGACGCCAUCAAAGCAGCAAGACCUUCUAAGGGCGUGACUAUCCUUUCAAGCAAGAGGAGUCAGUUUCAUGAUGAGAUGGAGAGACGUCUUCUAGUCUGGAUUAAGGAAAAGAAAAUCGCCGGUGACAAGAUCAUCGACACGGCAGUCUGCCUCAAGGCCAGCGCCAUUUUCGAUCAUCUCGUGCACGAUGCGGGCGAAGGGACAUCGUGGCAUGCACCCCCAAAAUUCAAGGCUUCACGUGGGUGGCUUGAAAAAUUCAAGAAACGGACUGGCAUCCAUCCGGCGGAAGUGCAGCCAGCCAGCUCACGGGAUAAAUCCACCAGUGGUACCCUCAUUGGUCAAUCUCACGCUGGGAGCAAAUCACAUGCCUUGCUUGAGUGCCCGUGGAUCAACCAGAGGGGAAAAAAUAUGGAAUCGCUCUAUCAUGAAGAAGAAAUUGUGAGAUCGCCAGAGAUUAAAGAGGAAUCUGAGACUUACCCUACGUUUCGGAUUGGCUUCAUUGGCGCAGGAAACAUGGCUUUUGGCAUUGUGAAGGGCAUCUUGUCUGGGAAUGUUCUUCCUACAAAUGUCAAAGUGAGUGCACCAUCUCAGAGGAACCUUGGACGCUUUCAGGAGCUGAACAUUUCAACAACUCAUUCCAACACAGAUGUUGCCAGCAGUUCAGAUGUUAUCUUUGUAGCGGUCAAACCUCAUCUAGUUCCAACUAUUCUCAGUGAGAUCUCGCAGCACAUCACGGACAGACACAUAAUUGUGUCCGUCGCAGCAGGAGUUACUCUAGCAACAUUAGAGGAGCUCCUGCCACCUGGUUCACGUGUCAUCAGGUUGAUGCCAAAUCUACCAUGUGUGGUUCUUCAAGGUGCACUCUUAUUUGCACGGGGGACUCAUGCUAAACAAGAGCAUGGUGCCCUUUUACACUCCUUGUUGCAUUGCUGUGGUUUGGUGGAGGAAGGACCUGAGGCCUGGAUUGACAUCCAUACUGGACUAAGCGGGAGUGGAGUUGCUUUUGUAUACCUGUUUGCAGAGGCGCUGGCAGAAGGAGCAGUUAAAAUGGGCAUGCCCAGUGCUCUAGCCCACAGGAUUGCAUCGCAAACUGUUCUGGGUGCUGGUCAUUUAUUACGUGACUCGAAUAAGCAUCCAGCUCAGCUUCGUUCUGAGGUCUGCACCCCAGGUGGGACAACCAUCUAUGGACUUCACGCUCUGGAACAAGGAGGUGUGAGAGCAUCAACCAUGACUGCUGUGGAAUCUGCAACUGAGAGAGCAAGGGAGCUCGGCCGAAAGUCUGCAGCACUAGAAAGUAUGAAAUAGAAAUUGUCAACUGCCUUUUAGAACUAUGAAGUCUUAACAGCAAUCUUGCUGACCUUUUCUGCGUGGGAAAGUGUUACAAUAAAAUAUUUCCUUGGA